GAAUAUGAUAUUUGUGGGAAAAGUGGAGACCUGAUCUUGCUCAAUCGCACCCCAUUUAUCAUGCAAAAUGCGAAUUUCAACCCCCUUGGAGAAACAUCGCGAUGCCACCACCAGCUCCGCCGCCGGCGUUGACCAAAUCGCAUAAACCCUACUUCUUUUAUGGUCACCGUAAACCUUCCCAGAACCGGCCCACCGUUCGCGGUGGCCUCUUCUCCAACCGCCGCACUUGGAACCCUAAGAAGUUCAGCCACCCCACGGCCGCAGCAGGGGAAGCUUUUGACCUCCAAAAAUGGGACCCAGAAAAAUUCUUCUCAUUGGCGAGAAAUCUGUCUCCCAUCGCGAGGUACAUAGUCGACGCUUUCAGAAAGCAUAAGCAGUGGAGCCCGCAGCUCGUGGCCGAACUUAAUCGGCUGCGCCGCGUGACGCCCAAGCUGGUGGCGGAGGUUCUGAAGUUUCCUGAUGUUGAUCCUAGGCUCUCCACCAAGUUUUUUCAUUGGGCUGGCAAGCAGAAGGGUUACAGGCAUGAUUUUGCCUGUUACAAUGCAUUUGCCUAUUUUUUGAACCGGGCGAAUCAUUUUCGGGCUGCUGAUCAGGUGCCUGAGUUGAUGCAUGUGCAAGGAAAGUUGCCUAGUGAGAAACAGUUUGAGAUCUUGAUUAGGAUGCACUCUGAUGCGAACCGGGGUCUGAGAGUAUAUUAUGUGUACGAGAAAAUGAAGAAAUUUGGUGUGAAGCCUAGAGUCUUUCUGUAUAACAGAAUUAUGGAUGCAUUAGUUAAGACUGAUCAUUUAGAUUUGGCAAUGUCAGUCUAUGAUGACUUCAAGGUGGAUGGGUUGACUGAAGAGAACGUCACUUACAUGAUUUUGAUUAAGGGUUUAUGUAGGGCAGGACAGAUGGAUGAAGUGCUUGGCCUUCUGGAUCGAAUGAGGAAGAAUCUGUGCAAGCCAGAUGUGUUUGCGUACACGGCAAUGGUAAAGGUGUUGGUCUCACAGGGAAAUUUGGAUGGUUGUUUGAUGGUGUGGAAAGAAAUGCAAAAGGAUGGUGUUGAGCCAGAUGUCAUGGCUUAUUCAACUUUGAUCAUCGCACUUUGUAAGGGUAAUUGUGUUGACAAGGGUUACGAACUGUUUAAGGAGAUGAAAGAGAGAAAAUAUUUGAUAGACAGGGAUAUUUAUGGAUCCUUGAUUGAAGCAUAUGUGUUGGAUGGCAGGGUUGGUUCGGCUUGUGAUUUGCUCAAAGACUUGAUGGACUCAGGAUAUAGGGCUGAUUUGGCAAUAUAUAACUCCCUUAUCCGAGGCUUGUGUAAUGCAAAAUUGGUUGACAGGGCUUAUAAACUUUUCCAAGUAACAAUUCGAGAAGACCUCCAGCCAGAAUUUCAUACUGUUAAUCCAAUCUUGUUGUCUUAUGCAGAACUGAAAAGAAUGAAAGAAUUUUGUAAAUUGCUUGAGCAAUUGCAAAAAUUGGGGGUAUCGGUCAUUGAUUACCUACUCAAAUUCUUUUCUGGCAUGGUAGAGAAGGAUGAUGGAGUAGUGGCUGCUUUGGAAGUGUUUGAAUACUUGAAAAUCCACAACUAUCUCUGUGUUCCAAUUUACAAUAUAGUUAUGGAGGCCCUUAUCAAGAAUAGCAAGGAAAAGAAGGCUUUGGCACUCUUCCAUGAACUCAGUGAUUUGGGCUUGGUGCCCGACUCAUCAACUUACUGUAAUGCAAUUUUAUGUUAUGUUGAAGUUGAAGAUGUACAGGAGGCAUGCACUAUGUACAACAAAAUUAAAGAAAUGGCCUCAGUUCCUUCAGUUGCUGCUUAUUCUUCUCUUGUUAAAGGCCUUUGUAAGAUAGGAGAGAUAGAACCUGCAAUGAUGCUUAUUCGUGACUGCUUGGCCCACGUGACAAAUGGUCCCAUGGAAUUCAAGUAUAGCCUCACAAUUAUCCAUGUUUGCAAGUUAAAUGAUGCCCAGAAGAUAGUUGAAGUAGUAAAUGAAAUGGUGGAACAAGGUUGUCGUCCGAACAGUGUUACAUACUAUGCUAUUAUUUAUGGCAUGUGCAAACAUGGGACCAUUGAAGAGGCAAGGAAAGUCUUCUCAACAAUGAGAGUAUGUAAAUUUCUUAGUGAAGCAGAUGAAAUUGCCUAUGAUGAGAUGCUUGUAGACCAUAUGAAAAAGACGACUGCGGAUUUGGUUUUGUCUGGAAUAAAGUUCUUUGGUCUAGAGUCAAAAUUAAAGGCAAAGGGCUGUAAUCUCUUACCCAGCUGAACACUGAAUUAUCAGCUCAACUAUCCUGUUAAAGAUAAAGAUGAGUUGAGCUAUGACUCGACCAACCAACGGAGUCGGUCCAAUUAUAAGCAUAAAUCGAACAUGAAGAGCUGUCAAUUGUGAUAUCUGGUUUGCAAGAAUUUCUCUCGGUUCCUUUGUUCCAGACUAUUUCAGAGCCUUGGACCCUGGUGUCCCAUAUGCUUGGGCUAGAUCCAGCCAAAUCAACCCUUCUGUUGUAAUUGAGGAGUUGCACAGAUUUGAACCAAAACAAACUCAAUGUUUGAAAACAAGUUGCUCGAUGCCCUUCAUAGUUGUGGACAGACUCAACACUCCUAUGCUUUCGCUAGGCGAAGAAGGUGAUGAUUGCAACCUGUUGUAGCACACAGGUACUAAAGCAAGAAGGAAAGCAGGCUUAUGCAAAGAGCAAGGUGAUCAUCUGCCCAUUUUGGCCCAUCGAUGUUUUGUUCUAGGUUCUUUGUACAAAUUUUCUUUAAUGUUCACUGUUAGAAGAAUGAACAAAUGGUUUCGUUCUAGAACUGCGUACUUGAGGUAUCUCCUACUAUAAUAAGCUUAUGUUCAUAAUCAACACAAUUUAGUAUCAAA